UCACUUUAAGAGCUGCAGCUGCCGAGCUCGCAUUGACGUCAACAGGCCAGGUCUCUGAGCAGAUUUGAGAACAGGACAACACACUGCGGAGAAGCGCUCGGCGGCCGGUCAGUCAAGCAUCGUUACAGUCUGGGCAGACGGGCGGGCGGGCGACUCCAGGUCGGAGCAGCGUCUGUAACCGAAGCGCUGAAGCACGCAGCGUUUGACCAUUUGAACCAGAAAGGGGGUCUUGCGCGUUUGCAGGAGCGCUGCAGAAUAGAAAACCUGCGUAUUGUUUUAGGGGGUGUGGACAAUGGGAUUUUAAACAAUCGCUGAGAAACUGCCAUUGUUUCUUUAGACCCCAGUGAACACAAGUACAACCCAAGUGGGCAUGGCGUCUGCCAAGAGCGGAUACGAAGGGAAGAUAGCCGGGCUGUAUGACUUGGACCGCACGCUGGGCAAGGGGCACUUCGCGGUGGUGAAGCUGGCACGCCACGUCUUCACUGGUGAGCUGGUGGCCGUCAAGGUCAUUGACAAGACCAAGCUGGACAGCUUGGCUGCCGGGCACCUCUUGCAGGAGGUACGUUGCAUGAAGUUGGUGCAGCAUCCCAAUGUGGUGCGGCUGUAUGAGGUCAUCGACACCCAGACCAAACUCUACCUCAUCCUGGAGCUGGGGGAUGGCGGGGACAUGUACGACUACAUCCUGCGGCACGAGGGGGGCGUCUCGGAGGCCCAAGCCAAGGUCCACUUUGCCCAGAUAGUGCGCGCCAUCUCCUACUGCCACCGGCUCCACGUGGUCCACCGAGACCUCAAGCCCGAGAACGUGGUCUUCUUCCGCCAGCAGGGCACCGUCAAGCUCACUGACUUUGGCUUCAGCAACCACUUCCAGCCCGGCACCAUGCUGAUGACCAGCUGUGGCUCGCUGGCCUACUCGGCGCCCGAGAUCCUCCUGGGAGAGGAGUAUGAUGCGCCUGCCGUGGGUAAGUUAUUUCUAUAACUAGUAUUUGUAUGGAAGCAGUCCCAUGACGCAGCUGGUCAGGCGGAGAAGAGAGAAGCUGCUUCAU